CGAGUAUUGGUUGGUGCUCCAGCCAACCAGCCCAAUCGACGUCGCACCUCAAUCGCCAGUACUUCUCCAAAAGCUCCAAAACAACAAGCUAAGAUGGCCGGCGACAAGAGCAACAACCCGAUGCGUGACAUCCACGUCGACAAGUUGGUGAUCAACUGCUGCGUCGGCGAGUCUGGUGACAAGCUGACCCGUGCCGCUCGUGUGCUCGAGCAGCUCACGGGCCAGAAGCCCGUGUACUCCAAGGCCCGCUACACGGUCCGUACCUUCGGUAUCCGUCGUAACGAAAAGAUCUCGUGCCACGUGACCAUCCGUGGCGAGCUCGCUCAGGAGAUCCUGGACCGCGGUCUUAAGGUGAAGGAGUACGAGCUGCUGCGCAAGAACUUCUCGGAGACGGGCAACUUCGGUUUCGGUAUUCAGGAGCACAUUGACUUGGGCAUCAAGUACGACCCGUCCACGGGCAUUUACGGUAUGGAUUUCUUCGUCGUGCUCAAGCGCCCGGGUGCCCGUGUGGCUCGCCGUAAGAUGCAGCAGUCGCGUGUGGGCCACCCGCACCGUCUGACCAAGGACGACGCCAUCAACUGGUUCCAGACCAAGUUCGAGGGCAUUGUGUUGGACGCCCCCCGUAACUAAGCAAUUAAGGUACUUGCUUUAGGGAUCCAGGCCUCUUUCGCUCUGUAAUUGACGGCUAAUCCAAAAAUGGAGAGUUCUAUACCAACACCC